AUGAAGGCAAAAUUUGUUUUCCGCAUUUACAGAGACCUUGACUUUGUGAAAGGCCCCUUGCAAGAUUUACGGAUAACUGCAAAUGCAGAAUAUAUUCAGAAUAACCCCGAGGGUGUCCGAGGUCAGCAUAUUGACGCUCUGCGGCGAAGAAUUGCAGCAGAAUCGCCUUGCGGAUGUGAGAGAAGCAACGACUGGAGCGACACUGACAACGAAGAAGUAGACUGUCAGAGAAUAUUGGAGGAUGAUGACUACUCUUUCCUAGAAGACUUCGAUCCACGCUCCCAAAUACACGUAAAGCUGGAUGAUAUUCCUUGGUCAUUUGUUGCCAACACAACUUACAUCCCUUGGUGCUGCACGGAGCCAUACACCUGCUACCCGCAACACCUGGCCUGUCUCUUCGGCCAGAAGGAUCUGGCCAGAAUGUUGUUCCAGAAGAAGGCAGCUGAUGUUCACGCAAGGGACAGCCAAGACAACACUACCCUCAUGCUGGCCGCUGCCUCAGGCUCUGCCUCGACAAUGGUUUCCCUCCUUUUGCUUCUGUGUCAGGACGAAGACGACCGCAAGAAGUUAGUCACCGCCCAGAACAAGGACGGACUCACGGCCCUGCACUUCGCGGCUCUCAGUGAAGACCCGCAGGUCGUGGAGCUGCUGGUGGAUGUGGGGGCUGAUGUCAAUGCUGGGCAGUUCACCACUUUGCAGAACCGACGCUUCGCCUUGACUCCUUUACACUUUGCCCUCGUCAGAGCCACGCGUCCUGCCGCCGUUAUAGCCAAACUGCUGGUGAAGUCAGGCGCGGACCUCAGCUUGGAGGCAGCCAAAGCCAACAGCAAGGCGCAAUGCGUGACGGUCGUUAGAGAGUGUUCCUGCGGGCUGUGCUUGUGUCUGGACAUUUACCUAUGUUCCCAUCUGCUGCUUCCCUCAUACGGAGCUCGGUAUGACGGUGAGAUCAUCAGCGUGGGGACUGCUUUGCACCUGGCAGUUAAGCGCAGCAUUGACCUGUCUGAUUUACUCUCUGAAAAGCAGCACAAACCGCUUCUGAACAUACCCGACGGUUCAGGCCACCUGCCUCUUCAUACCGCAGUCCAGAAUCUGAACGAGAAAGCUUUAAAGAUCUUCCUUAGUUUGGGUGCUGAUGUCAACGCCAAGGUGACAAACAAUUUUAAUAAUCUAGGUUCAACGGCUCUUCACAUCCUCUUUGAUUCCCAGUUUGCCACGAGGAAAUUGAUCUGCAUCUGCUGCUUAAGCACACCGCAGCUUAGCAACCGCUUUAAAAGCUGCGUGUCCCUUUUGCUGCAGCAACCUCUGGUGGAUCUCAAUGCGAGAGAUUGGCAGGGAGGAACCCCGCUGCAUGUUGCUCUGGUCAACAGAACCACAGUGUCUACUUCAGUCGACUAG